AUGUCCCCAUAUUUCGGCAGAUCAAGCUUUUUUGGGCUCCUACUCUCCAGGGCUCCGCUUCUAACCGCACUUAGAUUUGACGAAAGGUAUGCGGACUUCAACCUCAAUCAGAAUGCGACGGCUUCGGAUCCCCUUGACUACUGGGGGGCAUGGCCAGACCAUGAAUAUCAUCCGUCACCCGAGAACUGGCGCUUUCCAUUCUACUCACUGUAUUUGGAUCGCUUCGUCAACGGCAACCCCUUCAACGAUGAUGUAAAUAACACCGUAUAUGAAACGGACCCCACCAGCACCACCAUGCGGUAUGGCGGAGAUAUUCUGGGGUUGGUUGACAGCCUGGACUACAUUCAUGGAAUGGGCAUCCGGGGGGUCUAUCUGGCAGGCUCGGCCCUCAUUAACCAACCUUGGGCGGCACACUCUUACUCCCCUAUCGAUUUAACCAUGCUCGAUCCUCAUUUCGGAACAAUAAACGACUGGAGACAGGCUGUUGUCGAGAUCCACAAGCGAGGCAUGUACGUUGUUUUCGACAAUACCUUCAACACGCUGGGGGAUCUUUUGGAAUUCACAAACACUCCCAACUCAUCCACCAAAUUUUCGCCCAGGGAGCUCGAGGUUGGGUACAAGACGGAGAGUCGAUAUCUCGAUUUUUCUCUGUCCGACAAAUAUCAUGAUAAGUGUCCAUGGAAACUACCUCAGUUUUGGGGCGAGGACGGUUUCCCCGUCUCACGUGGACAACUUGACAUCGACGAAGGUUGCUACGAAAGCGAAUUCGACCAGUUUGGCAAUUCAGGCGCGUUUGAUGAUGGCAUUGAAGUCUAUCAGCGGCAGCUCACCAAGUUCUCCUCGGCCCAGGAUCGUCUAAGAGAGUGGAACCCCACUGUCUUGCGGAAGAUAUUGCACUUCUCGUGCCUCGUCAUUAGCAUGCUCGACAUCGACGGUUACCGGAUCGAUAAGGCAAUUCAAGUCGCUGUUGAGGCACAAGCCGAAUUCUCAAGAUACAUGCGCGAAUGCGCCCGCCGACACGGAAAAGAAAAUUUCUUCAUAGCCGGCGAGAUUGUCAGCCAAAAAGGACUGUCUUCUGUGUAUUUUGGGAGGGGCCGUCAGCCAGACAUGGUGCCGCAGGACACAGCUACCGCGCUCUAUCGAGUGCUUUCAAAGGACGAUUAUUCAGACAAUAUUCGAAGCCUAGAGUAUAGUGCCAUAGACGGUGCUGCGUUCCACUACGGCCUGUACCGUGCAUUGGUGGUUUUCCUGGGCAUGGAUGGAUCUUUAUCCCUGCCCUCUGGCUCACGGCAGCUCAACUUCCACGACAUGUGGCAGGAGUAUCUCAAGACGGACGACAUGAUCAACGCCAACACUGGGGUAUUCGACCCGCGCCAUAUGUGGGGUGUUUCAAACCAGGAUGUUUUUCGGUGGUCCAGCAUUGAAAGGGGCCGGGAGAAGAUGCUCCUCGGGCUUUUCAUUACAACCUUCCUUUUCCCCGGAAUACCCCUACUGUCGUGGGGAGACGAGCAAACCCUAUACAUACUCGAUAAUACGGCCGAUGAUUAUAUGUUUGGCCGUCAAUCCAUGGGAGCGUCCAUGGCCUGGCAAAUGCACGGAUGUCACAGCCAGGGCAGCAAACAAUACUACCAGAUGGCACUGGGGCCUGCUCGGAAUGGCUGCCAUGAUGAUGGCGUCAGUCUUGAUCAUCGCGACCCGUCACAUCCAAUCCGCAACAUCGUGAAAAUUAUGAAUGCGCGAAGGGACCAGUACCCAGUCUUGCGAGAUGGGUGGUUCAUGGAGCAGCUCUCGAACCGCACCAGACACUAUGCAUUCCCGGGUAGUGACGGAAUGCCGACUGAACUCGGUAUUUGGAGCACACUUCGGGACGCCUUCGCCCCGUUUCAGAAUCUGAGCGGACCGGGGGGAGGCCAUGAGCAGGUGCUGCUUGUCUAUCACAACGAGGAAUUUCAGGCCAAUUACGAACAGGGCUGUACCGGGCGCAACUCAUCCAUGAUAAUGUCGCCAUUCGCUCCUGGUACGCGUUUAAAAAACCUCCUAUUCCCAUACGACGAGCUGGAAACCGAGGAUUUCCCGCACAAUGAGUCCUCUGGGGCGUCAGGAAAUGCUCAGAGUUGCUUAGAGCACGUCGAACUUCUGCCUUACGGGUUCAAAGUAUAUGUGCGCGUUGACGCUUGGAAACCACCACCGCCCGUGAUAACCAGGUUCUUGCCUGGGCAUGACGCUCGACUUCUUUCAAAAGCCGCCCCUGGUUUACCUGAAUCCAUCGAUAUUAGUUUCUCUUUCUCUCAAGCGAUGAACUGCAGCAGUAUCACCGAAAACAUCGAUAUACAGUCUCAGAAUGACCACGCCGAUAUUACACCCAAUUUACGACCUCACAGUGUUGAAUGUUCAUGGGAAAUGGGAAAUGAGGACAUGAAAUUCAAUGGACAACCAUCAACCCGGUACACAUGGAAGGCCACUUUGGAAAAUGUAUACCCUGGUGUACAUGCUGUCACUGUCGGAAACGCCUCGUCGGAUGGGCAGGAGUUCACGAACAGCAACGACCGAUUCCUGUUCCGGAUCGGGGCCCAGAACAACCCGAUGGUUUUUCCUCGACAAUCAAUGUACCCCACGCAUAUUAUUAGACGGCAGAGCCAUGGACGCGGUCUUCAGGCCCAUCUUGACGCCCCAGGUGCACAAUUGUGGAGAUAUUCUUUGACGUGGGGUGCCUCAUGGAGUGAAUGGAAGCCAUAUUCAGGCGGAGAACAUGCCCUGGUAGAACAUCCCUGGACAGGAACACGGACCCAAGAAUGGACUGGCGAGCAUAUCAUGAUCCAGUACUGGAGCCAGUUGACCGGGAGUAGUGCUGUAAUGCAGCAUGGUGAUCUCGAUGGACCAGACGACGGCCCUCGCCUGUUUCCACAUCUCUUCGCCCACGGGAAAUUCAACGAAUAUGGUCAUGACACCAGCUUGACAAGCGAGAUCAAGUUUGAGGGGCAAUGGAAAUACCAUUUCAUGGGUGAAUGGCCGGAUGGCUUUGCUGUUAAUGUUUGGGGCAUAAACCCGGAUGGCCAACAAGACCUCUCCUUUGUGUAUGGAGAUCUGGACCAGGACGGCGUUCUUGAUAGAUGGAUCCCGUCCACGCUGUCCGAAGUCAAAAUCCGGUUGGAUCACCCGCCCCCAUACCCACAUUUGGCCUACGAAUUCCUACUUGAAAGGGACAGCUACCGUUACACGCUGAGGCCCACUGGAAAUAGGUGGUAUCAAGUGAUCUUGGCUUUGAUUUUCUCUAUCAUUCUACCCUCAUGUGGAUUGAUUGGUGUUUGGUUGUACCAAAGCCUCUUCUGCCGGGUGAUAGUCAACCGGAAGGGUUCGCCACGUCGUCGCGAAUCUGGUGUACCGCCCCAACACGGGCGACAAAUCGCACUAGAGCCUCGUCCCAUCUCAAAUGCCAGAAGACGCGUCCUCUUUGCGACAAUCGAAUACGAGAUUCCUGAUUGGAACAUCGACAUACGGCUCGGGGGGUUAGGGACAAUCGCCAUGCUCAUGGGGAGAUACUUGGAUAACUACGACUUGGUCUGGGUUGUUCCAUGUGUGGCCGACGUCGAUUAUCCGUUCAGCGGGGCGAGCGACCCUAUGGUAGUAUCAGUUUGUGGCCAGAAAGUCCAAGUCGAAGUAUACUACCAUACUCGCAAGAACAUAACCUACAUGCUGCUGGACGCGGAAAUAUUUAGACGACAAACAAAGGCACAGCCAUACCCUACCCGAAUGGACGAUAUGGACAGUGCAAUUUUCUAUUCGGUUUGGAAUGCCUGCAUCGCACAGGCUAUAAGGCGAGUCUCUGCCGAUAUCUACCACAUCAACGAUUACCACGGAGCGCUUGCGCCAAUACAUCUCCUACCCGAGCCUGAUGUGGCAUGCGUUCUGUCGCUCCAUAACGCAGAAUAUCAGGGCUUAUGGCCGAUUAGGACCCCAGAAGAGGAAGCAGAAAUUUCUGCAGUCUUUGAUGUUGAUACUAGAACGAUGAAGCGCUAUGUACAAUUCGGUACUGUCUUCAACAUCCUUCACGCAGCUGCCAACUAUAUUAGAAUCCACCAAAAAGGUGUUGGUGUCGUGGGUGUCUCGGAAAAGUACAGCCAAACUUGCCUGGUUCGGUACCCCGUCCUAUGGGGUCUUGGGCGGGUGGGCAGCCUACCAAAUCCUGAUCCAACCCAAGUUUCUCACAACACAGAACUGGAAGUCGACCAACUCGAAGACCGAGCCGAAUUAAAAUCCAAGACACAGAAGUGGGCUUGCCUUCAUGACGAUCCGUUUGCCGAGGUAUUUGUGUUCGUUGGACGAAUGAGCAAGCAGAAGGGCAUUGAUCUCAUAGCAGACGUCUUCCCGAGUAUCCUCGAGCAGAACAGACACACCCAGCUGAUCUGUGUCGGACCUGUGGUUGAUUUGUAUGGCAAGUUCGCGGCCGCAAAGCUACGAAGGGUUGCCGAGAUAUUUCCAGGCCGAGUCUGUUGCAAGCCGGAAUUCACAAAGCUUCCCUCGUUCAUCUUUGGGGGUGGAGAUUUUGUCCUGAUUCCCUCAAGGGACGAGCCGUACGGUCUUGUGGCUGUACAAUUCGGGAGGAGAGGAACAUUGGCGGUGGGGUCCAGGGUCGGUGGGCUGGGAAACGUUCCCGGUUGGUGGUACACAAUCGAGUCUACCGAGACUCUACACUUACUCUCCCAGUUCAAAAAGUCCCUGCAUAUGGCGUUGGAGUCAGGUCAACUCGAGAGGGAUCGAAUGAGGGCCGCGUCGAUGAUACAAAGCUUUCCCAUAUCGGAAUGGAAAGACAAACUCGAGGAGCUCUACGCUAGUGUCAUGGUCAGUCGGCAAAGCAGAGAGAAUCCAGGGAAUACUCGACUCUUACACAUGCAAAGUGUAGAACCCGGAAAGAUUAUACGACACUCAUAUCCCCAAGGGUUCUUGGAAAACUUCCGGAGGAUAGUGGGCCAAAUCGGUUCGUUGAUUCCGUGCUACCAGAGACAAAACUCUCGUGAUGAGAACUAUGGCUUCACAAGACUUGAGGACGGUGUGAGUUUUGGCGAUGCCUUCGGCGUGGAUAUUGAAACCCUUCAAGGAGACAAUUAUAACACGAAGCAUCUACUACCGCAACAUACCAAAAUCGAUGACAACCACGAAUAUUCCCGUCUCGGCAAUCCUGAGCCAACUUUUACCGACCAAAGUGGCGAAUUCUACGCACAUUAUUCAGACAUGCUAGGUGGCCUGACUGCAGAUAACUCCGAGAUACAGCUAUGUGUUCAGGAUUAUCUCGUCCGAAGCGAGAGGCAAUGGUUCGAGAAGGUUCGAGAUGCGAGGUUUGGUUUGAGUCCAUCAACGAGCCGCCACCAAGGGUUAGGAUCUCUGAGUCGGAAGGAAGAUGAUGGCUAUCAAGUUCUUGAUACCAGACGCAGCUUUGAUGUGGAAUUGCGCGAUGAGGAGAUUGAAGUCUAUCGCAGAGAGAGCUACAACGUCUCCGGACUACAGAGACGCAUGUCGGCCAAAAUUUUCGGAACCCCAGGAUAUACCUAUCUCCUCAUACUCGGCCAAAUCAUGUCAGCCAACCCAUCUCAAAUCGGAAUUAUCGCGGGCAGUAUCACACAGACCGAGCGACAGCUUUACCACACAGGCAGCAUCUACGCUAUUACAUCCAUCAUCUGGUGGGUGCUGUACCGACGACUGAAAUUAGUACAUGUGGUAUCAUUUCCAUUCCUCCUAUUCGGCUCGUCAUAUUUCGUGCUCAGUCUUAUAUUACUAGGAGGUCGCCAGAAGACCUCGGUGGAAUGGCCACUGGAGCUGGUGCAGACACUCUAUGUUUGUGGAUCCUCGACCGCAUCUCUAUAUUUCGCCAUGAACUUCAUAGAGGAGGAGUCCUCCCCAGUGAGCAGCUGGAUCACGCGAGCUGGCUAUAUCUCUGGGUUGCAAUAUGGAUACCAGGCCCUGUUUUGGUAUGGAGGCAACCGAAUUAGAGAAAAUAUCGCCUCGGCUGGCCACCCCAUCAGAACCGCCUCACCCCAAUGGAUGAGCCUUGUUGCUCUUCUUGCAGCGGCCUGCCUGGGAUGGGUCUACUACGCACUUCUGCACGGUCUACCUCGUCCGUAUGACCAGAAGCCGGGUUCCACACCCACAUUCUAUAGGUCGCUAUUUCGACGGCCAGUACCGUUGCACUUUCUCCUUUCGACCUUUAUCCAGUCUUACUUGCUCUCGGCUCCCCUCGUAUCCCGGUCCUGGCUGUUCUUAUUCUCCUCCCCACACCUCCCGGGCUACAUGAUCACUCUCCUAGUCGCUAUCUCUAUCGCUGCGUUCCUCUGCCUCACACGCAAGAUGGCGGUGCGCUCCCUCUCACACGGCCAAUGGAUCUUGCCAAUCUUCUCGUUCGCCUCUUCGUCAAUUAUCAAUCCCCGGUGGGCGCAGCUCUGGUGGGUAAUCUCCCGCACCGGUUUGUCUAUCCCCUGGGCCCAGCUACCACGAUUCGGCGGGGAGGGCAUUAUGGUGAUGAUGCAGUAUUCCCCCGGCCUGUCCGCCGCACUGAGCCGCUCGCUUUGGUUGUAUCUCGGUGUCCUCGAUCUGUUGGUCGGGCUAGGACAGGGCUUAGCGCUUAUACAGACGCUGCCAAGACAGCACGUGUUAUUCGUUUCCACGGCGGGUCAGGUAAUUGGUGCCGUGGGCAUGAUGGCUGCACGCGCCACGAUCCUGUCGCAGUCGGGCGGGCCUGCCGAAGCGGCACGAGGGCUGAAGGUAUUGGCACACAUCUUUCCGGAUAUUUCGAGUGGUUUGGCGCUUGAAUGGGGCUAUGGCAUCUUCUGUUUGGUUGCUGUUGUGGAAAUCAUCAUGGCGGUACAAUGGAUGUGGUGGUUUCGGUCAGCACAAUUGCAGAAGCCAUAA